AUGGAUGGCAGUCAUGAUCUUCCAGAGGUACCACGAUCAGAACCAGUUUUCCCUCUCUCCUGCGAGGAGAUCCCUUCCUCGCCGCCGUCCAUAGCAUCUGAUGCUGGCGUCCGACGCAAGCCAAAAAAACCUCCCCCUGUGACUCCACGAUCAUUUCGACGCUUUUUCACACCUCGUUCUUUACUUGAUAGUGGAAGCAAUGUAGGCACCGUGAGGACCAAUCGGCAAGCCCUGAAGGCCCUCAGCUCGCCCGCUGUUAAUCGCCUAGGGCCGGCGUUCACAAGGACAUUGAAAGCUGUUGGGACCAGGCCCGACCCUUCAGAUCUUAUGCGGACGCCGAGCAGGAAACGGAAGCUUUCUUUUUCAUCCAUUGGCUCUCCCUUACAGUCGUCGCCACUACGAAAAGUUCGCGUUCGGUCCCCAAACCACGAUACGGACGAGUUGCAUGUUCCAGUUCGUGAUGUGGAAGCCAGCAAUAAGAUCCAGUUCAGUCCGCCAAAACCACUUGCUGCCCCUAGGCCAUUUCGCCAAGUUUUACCCAUUCGACGUUCAGAGGCGCUACAGACAUCAGGGGGAUUUUUCAUGCGAAGUGUGCUGGGUGCGGGGGCAAACCGAGUUACUACGCGGGCCAACUCUGGGGCAGGCUGGCAAGAUCUAACAUCAUCAUUUUAUUCCCGGCCAACGGACAGUCAUACUUGCACCAGCUCCACCGGAGAUCGUCUUGCUCUCCCGUUCUGCACUGCCUCAUGCAAUACCAACACUCUCGUUGCGGUAGGCGACGAGGAAGGUGGUAUUCGGUUAUUGGACUCUGCAAAGGACGACAAGAAUGGUUUCUCAAAAGCUUACCUUUCCUUCCGUCCCCACAUGAACGCCAUUAUGGACUUGGAGUUUUCUUCGGACGAUAUGCUGUUGGCAACGGCUUCAGGGGACCAAACGGCCGUGGUGAUUGACAUGGCCACACAGAAGCCGAUAUAUUGUCUUGCAAACCACGUCUCUUCGGUGAAGCGAGUGCAGUUUCAACCUGCAGCAAAUAAUAAAGUCCUUGCGACCUGUAGCCGUGACGGUAAUGUCAAUAUUUGGGACCUUCGGUGCAAGGGUUUCGAGAAGCCUUCCUUGCAGGUUAGGUGCUCGCUCGAAUCCGAAUCCGAUUACUCUACCGCGCCUAUCGCCUCCAAAAUGACGUACCCUCAAGUUUUAAACACGAUACAUGGUGCCCAUGCUUGGAUGCCUCAGGUAUCCGCAUCGGAUAAGUUAGAACCUCAAAUUGGACGCUCCGACAUUACCGUGACCUCCUUAGCCUUUCUCCCCCCUGGGCGUGAAAACCUUUUCGUCACAGCUUCUGAAGCAAAUGCAUGUGUGAGGUUAUGGGAUCUUCGCACGGCGCAUAACAACCGUCGUGGACGGCCUGUUCUUCCUCUUUCCACCACUCGAGAACCAGAUAGCCACGUCCGAUAUAGGCGCUUCGGCCUAACUUCAAUGACGCUAGGCGGAGACGGUUCAAGGCUUUACACGUUAUGUCGGGAUGGCACGGUUUACGCAUAUUCAACCUCACAUCUGAUUCUUGGCCAUGCCCCUGAGCUUUCAUUGAACAAUCACCGUCCACGCCGGUCCGGGGGCUCUGAUAAAGAAGGCCUUGGCCCUUUGUAUGGCUUUCGCCACCCUCGCCUACAGGUUGCCUCAUUCUACGUCAAGGCUGGUAUUCGAAAGGCCGCUGGGGACAAGCCAGAAAUGCUGGCUUUGGGGAGUACAGAUCAAUGUGCCGUCCUAUUUCCUACCGAUGAACGAUUCCUUCAUUCUGCAAAAAAGUCGGCGGCUGGGGCGGCGCAGUCAGCUCAUCGAGCCUCGUUUCCUUCCACUCGUUCUGGCCUACGGCGCGUGAACUCCGGAGUUGGCUUGUCUGGGCGAUUGGAGGACACCGUGCCAAUAUACCAAUCUGGAGCCCCUCUCGUUGAAGGCCACAGAAAAGAGGUCUCUGCUGUUUCGUGGACUGUAGAUGGUGAUCUCAUUACGGUCAGCGAUGACUACAGUGCUAGAUGCUGGCGUGAAGGACCUGACGCUAGAGAACUUCGAGCAGGUGGUGAGGCCGAUGGUAGAAGGUGGCGAUGCGGCUGGGCUGAUACGAAGGAUUCAAAUAAUGAUGAAGAUCAAUGA